AUGCGCAAGCGCUCAUCGUCCGGCACGCCAUCAUCCCCGUCCUCCUCCGAGGCCUCAGUCUUCGUGGUGUCGGACGGCGAGUCGGAGGCGUUCGACCCAAGCGGCGCGAGCGAGUCGUCGCCCGAGCCCGAAGCCGUCUCCGAGCCCGAAUCAGAGCCGCGAGGAGCGAAGCGCAAGCGCGCGGCGCCCACGCCCAAGGGCAAGGGCAAAGCCAAGGCCGAGAUCAUCGACAUCGAGGACCUCGGAUCCAGCGUCCACCGGCCCCAUGCGCGCGGCUACCACUCGACGGCGGCCGUCGCGGGCGCGCAGGACGCGCUGCUGGACUGGUUUGAGGGGGUGCGGGACGCGCGCGGCAUGCCCUGGAGGAAGCGGUACGACGCGGCUCUGAGCAUGGACGCGAAGGGGCAGCGCGCAUACGAGAUCUGGGUAUCGGAGGUCAUGCUCCAGCAAACGCAAGUCGCGACUGUCAUACCGUUCUGGACGAGCUGGAUCGCGCGCUGGCCGACGAUAGGCGACCUCGCCACCGCGGACGUGGAGGAGGUGAACGCCGCGUGGCGCGGGCUGGGGUACUACCGCCGCGCGAGGAGCCUGCUCGACGGCGCGAAAGCCGUGGCGGGCAAGAAAAGCUUUGGCGGCCGGCUGCCCGACGAUCCCGACGUGCUGGAGAAGGAGAUCCCCGGCGUGGGGCGGUACACUGCUGGCGCGAUCACGUCGAUGGCGUACGGCGUGCGUGCGCCCAUCGUCGACGGCAACGUGCACCGCGUGCUUAGUCGCCUGCUGGCACUGCACGCGCCCCAGACUGCGCCUGCCACGAUCCGGUUCCUGUGGGACGCGGCGACGGUGCUUGUUGACGCGCUCCCGAGGGGCCAGGGGCGCGGGAUCGCAGGCGACUGGAACCAGGCGCUCAUGGAGCUCGGGGCGACCGUGUGUCGGCCCACAGCCCCAGAGUGUGGCGCGUGUCCUUUGGAGCAGGUAUGCAAGGCGCGCGCCGAGCUGCAAGCGCCGCCCCCGCCGCCUGCGACGCCGACAUGCGACCUCUGCGCGCCGAUCCCGGCGCCUGACGGCGCUGAAACGAUACCGAGCGUGACCGUCUUCCCUAUGAAGAAGGAGAAGAAGGCCAGCAGGGAGGAGCACGAGGCGGUGUGUGUUACAGAGUGGCGCGGGCCCGAGGGGCCAAAGUGGCUCUUUACGAAGCGGCCAGAGAAAGGUCUCUUGGCGGGGCUGUACGAGCCGCCCAGUACGCCCGUGGCGGCGUCAAGCUCGGACAAGGACAAGCUCGCAGCGUCGCUCGCGACUCUCGCCGACCUGCUCGACAGCCACGAGGUGACGAGCCACGUCACACACACGCCAGUUCCGCAUAUCUUCAGCCACAUCAACAUGACGUACCAUGUCCAGCACGCCGUGCUCGAGUCUGACGAGCCCCCUACCUUAAAAUCCGACCGCGCGGCGUGGCUCGACGCCGACGACGUGGCUGCUGCGAAUGUCGGGACGGGGGUGAAGAAGGUCUGGGCGGGCGUGUACGGCGCGUGGGGGCGCUUCGCCGCGGGUAAGGGGGUGAAGCCUGCGCCGCAGAAGGCAAAGCCAAAGGCGAAGCCGAGGGCAAAAGAUACGCCAAAGGGCCGCGGCCUGACGCAGACCAAGCUGAGUCUCGCGGGGCCAAAAGUGAAGGCCGAGUAG